AUGACGGAGGAGGCGCCACUGUUGAUCGGUAGUGGAGGUUCCUGUUCGUCUCCUCGACGCUCAAAUCUUCACCCAUCACCACAUCCGGAUGAAGCUCCAUCGAAUUUGGAACAGGGGCGACUGCAGAUCCAUUCCGGUGCAGAGGAGGGUAAUAGUCAGCGAACAGCAAUUCAGUCGCUUAGCAGAGCCGAAAAGCGGCUGUCAAAGCAUGGGUCCUCCUCUUCAAUGAGGAUUGUCCAUAGAGUAGAAAAAAUUUCGGUGGCAGUCGUAGUGGUGCAUUUGCUGAAGGGAAAUAUCGGUCCGGGGGCAAUGUCACUGCCUAGUGGCUUCUCUAAGACGGGCAUUUAUGCAGGCCCUGUCUUGUUCAUACUUGUGGCUCUCGUGUCCGUGUAUAAUAUGGACUUAUUGCUGCGAUGCAAGCAAAUAUUGAGUCCAAAAGCGCCCAUGUCGUUUGGAGAAGUGGGAAGGAAGCUAUUGGGGCCAAAGGGCAAGAUGCUUAUCGACGUGUUUUUGGUGGGUACUCAGUUGGGUAUAUGUUGUGUCUACUUUACGUUUGUGGCGACAAAUAUUAACGUGGUACUUCCAGAAAGAAUCCAGAAUGUUGUGAAUGAGCGGCAACUUGUCUUUGCUAUUUUUCCGGCUCUACUCUUACUUUCUUGGGUGCGUACACUGCGGCGCAUCACUCCGUUUUCGAGCCUAGCCAAUUUUGCAGUGCUUGUGGGCAUCACCAUCGUCUUUUACUACUCUAUUGACUACUGGAAACAUCCUAAAAUGUUACGAGAAACCACUGUUUAUGCAGACUGGAGCCAAGUUCCUGAAUUUUACGGCACCGCCGUGUAUUCGUUUGAAGGAAUCGGCUUGGUGCUACCGAUUCAAAAUGUAAUGGUAGAACCAGAACGAUUUCCACGUGUGCUUGCCACAUGCAUGCUGUCAAUUCUUGUGCUAUUUCUCUUCAUUGGAGAGAUACCCACCCUCGCCUUCGGUCGAAUCGAUAAUGGUAGUGUGACGGCUGUUUUACAUCAAUACUGUGAGGGUCGGCUUGUGACGCUGGCGAAUAUAGCGCUAGCAUUUGCGUGUACCCUCUCAUUUCCAAUUCAAUUUUACCCGGCAAUUGAUGUUUUGGAGCGAAUGCUUCGGCAUAAGUCUUUGAUGCGCCCUGCACCGCCAAAUGAGUCAAUACAAGCAGCUUUAGAGGCGCAGAGACGUCGCAAAUUUCGAAGAGAUCCGCAAGAUCGAUCGCUGAAUGGAGUAAAAGGUGGUCAAUUUAACGACAAACAGAAGAAUGAAGAUGACCAUAUGCAAUUAGCAAGCAGCCACCCCAAACGAAAUCGUCCGCUACCAAUUCUGUUAUCGCUGCAAAAGAUGCGCCGCUCAUUCUCUCCGAUCGCAUCUCCUCUUGCAGUAGCAGCUGCUGCCAGUCUUCCUUCCACACCUUCGACGGUGGGCUGUUUGGAACGAUUCAUGUGCAAUUUAUCACCUUAUGAAUGCAAUCGCACCCUGUUUCGAUCUAUGUUGUGCACCAGUCUUAUGGUGAUUGCGAUCUGCGUCCCAGACGUAGGUCUACUAAUCAGUCUGUUUGGCUCCGUGGGCUCCAGUAUGCUGGCAAUUAUAUUGCCUCCCGUACUUUACAUUACGGCCACAAAAUCGACUAUGUCAUUGUCUUCACGUAUAUUUCAUUUGGGAAUCGUUUUUCUUGGAGUUAUUGGAAUGGUGGCAGGCACAGUGCAGGCUAUGUGUCGAGUCAUUAGCUCGUUCUACUGA